UUCACUGCAAAUAACUCCCAUCCCCACAAACACUCUUCUCUUAAGCUCUGGUAGUUAACUUGUCAUUAUUUGAAGAAAACAAAAGACACUAGCUACUACUAGGGUUUAAGAUGGGUUCCAAAACUUGCUCUUCCCUUGCUCUUUUCCUCACACUCAACCUCCUCUUCUUUGCCCUUGUCUCUUCUUGCGGGACCUGCCCUAGCCCAAAGCCUAGGCACAAGCCUAGCCCUUCAGGUGGCUCUGGUGGUUCUGGUGGCUCAGGUGGUUCCGGUGGCUCCGGUGGUUCAGGUGGUUCCGGUGGUUCAGGUGGUUCUGGUGGUUCAGGUGGCUCUGGUGGUUCAGGUGGCUCGGGUGGUUCUGGUACUUCAUGCCCCCGUGAUGCACUGAAACUAGGUGUAUGUGCCAAUGUGCUAAACGGGUUGCUGAACGUGACUUUGGGUCAACCACCAGUUACCCCUUGUUGCACCCUCCUCAACGGUCUCGUUGACCUUGAGGCUGCAGUGUGCCUCUGCACUGCUCUCAGAGCUAACAUUUUGGGCAUCAACCUCAACCUUCCCAUCUCACUCAGUUUGCUUCUCAACGUUUGCUCAAGGCAAGUCCCACGUGGCUUCCAAUGCGCCUAAUCAUAUCAUAUGGCCUAUGCACAACAUAUCAUUAUUGCUUCGUGUUUGCUAGUUGUGGCCUUUUAUUUUCUUCUUCAAAUUCCAUUGAUCAAAGGUGUGAUUCUUGUACGUGCAUGUAUGGUUAACUUCUCGUUAUUCUGUCGCUUUAGUGUUUGUUUUAUCUGGCCAAAGUGUCGAUUAAAUAAAUUCCCAAUGCUUUCUCAUGUAAAGCGAAGGGAAUCAAAGAUGAUACAUGUAAGUGUUAUUUAUUUUACCUUUAAAUGAUUAAUGUUACAGAUACUAGUUAUUUUAUUGA